AUGUGGUUCCUGAUCCUGUUCCUCGCCCUGCCCCUGGGACAGAUUGAUGCUGCACCUCCCGGCCAGUCUCGGAUUAUUGGAGGAUAUAAAUGUGAGAAGAAUUCCCAACCCUGGCAAGUGGCUCUAUACAGCUUCAGUGAAUACCUCUGCGGGGGUGUCCUGAUAGACCCCAGCUGGGUGAUCACAGCUGCCCACUGCUCUAGCAAUGCCCUCAGCAAUUACCAGGUUUGGCUGGGCCGAAACAACCUAUUAGAAGAUGAACCAUUUGUUCAGCACCGGCUUGUCAGUCAGAGCUUCCCUCACCCUGACUAUGAGCCAUUCCUCAUGAGGAACCACACCCGAAAACCUGGCGAUGACCACAGCAAUGACCUGAUGCUGCUCCACCUCAGCGAGCCUGCGGACAUCACAGAUGGGGUGAAGGUCAUCGAUCUGCCCACAGAGGAGCCCAAAGUGGGGAGCACCUGCCUUGCCUCAGGCUGGGGCAGCACCAACCCCUUUAUAUGGGAAUUCCCUGAUGACCUCCAGUGUGUGAACAUCCACCUACUGUCUAAUGAGAAGUGCAUCAAUGCCUACAAUGAUAAGGUGACAGAUCUCAUGCUGUGUGCAGGAGAGAUGGAAGGAGGCAAAGACACUUGCACGGGUGACUCAGGAGGCCCCCUCAUCUGUGAUGGUGAGCUCCAGGGCAUCACAUCAUGGGGCUCUGUCCCAUGCGCCAAAACCAACAUGCCGGCCAUCUACACCAAACUUAUUAAGUUCACCUCCUGGAUAAAAGAAGUUAUGAAGGAAAACCCCUGAGUGUCACACUGUCCCCUGGUCUCAAUAAA